AUGGAUGUUAAGUCAGCUUUCCUUAAUGGUUUUCUGCAGGAGGAGAUUUAUGCUGAACAACCAGAUGGUACAACUUUCCUUAAUGGUUUUCUACAGUACAUGAUCAAAGGACAAGAAGAAAAAGUCUACUUGCUAAAAAAGGCUUUAUAUGGUUUAAAGCAAGCCCCAAGAGUGUGGUACAACAGAAUUAAUGAUCAUUUACUGCACUUGGGCUUUCAAAAGAGUGUAUCUGAAACUACACUUUAUGUCAAACAUUAUGGUGUUGAUACUUUAAUUAUUUCAUUAUAUGUUGAUGAUCUCUUGAUGACAGGAAGCAAUCUAGCACUAAUUGAAGAGUUCAAGCAAGAAAUGAAAAAGGUCUUUGAGAUGACAGAUCUUGGUCUUAUGACUUAUUUUCUAGGCAUGGAGAUCACUCAAAAGAAGAAUGAGAUUUUUAUCUGCCAGAAAAAAUAUGCAAAGAAGAUUCUAAAGAAAUUUCACCUUGGUGAAUGCAAACCAAUGAACACUCCAAUGAAUCAAAAAGAGAAGCUUAUCAAGGAGGAUGGAACAGAUAAAGUUGAUGAAGCUUAUUUUAGAAGCUUAAUUGGGUGUCUAAUGUAUCUUACAUCCACAAGGCCUAACAUCUUAUUCCCAGUUAGCUUGUUGUCAAGAUUUAUGCAUUGUGCUAGUGAAUUGCACUUGAAGGCAACAAAGAGGGUUGUAAGAUACAUCAAAGGAACUGUUAAUUAUGGAGUUAAGUAUUACAAGGUACAAAACUUUAAAUUAUUUGGUUUUUCUGAAAGUGAUUGGGCUGGUAGCUUGAAUGAUAUGAAGAGUACUUCAGGGUACUGUUUUAGUAUGGGUUUAGGUGUUUUCUCUUGGUGCUCCAAGAAGCAAGAGGUUGUAGCUCAGUCAACAACAGAAGUUGAGUUUAUUUUAGCUGUAGCAGUUGUGAAUCAAGUUAUUUGGUUAAGGAAUAUUGCAUUUAUGAAAUAA